UUGCAAAAGAUGGGUGCCCUCAAAUACGUCGAAGAGCUCCAGAAGAAGAAGCAGUCUGAUGUCCUGCGCUUCCUUCUCCGUGUUCGCUGCUGGGAGUUGAACGUCAUCCACCGCGCCUCGCGCCCCUCGCGCCCCGACAAGGCCCGCCGUCUGGGAUACAAGGCCAAGCAGGGAUACGUUAUCUACCGUGUCCGCGUCCGCCGCGGUGGUCGCAAGCGCCCUCCCACCAACCAGGGUGUUAACCAGCUCAAGUUCCAGCGCUCCCUCCGUUCCGUCGCUGAGGAGCGUGUCGGCCGCCGCUGCGCCAACUUGCGCGUCCUUAACUCCUACUGGAUCAACCAGGACUCGACCUACAAGUACUUCGAGAUCAUCCUCGUUGACCCCCAGCACAAGGCCAUCCGCAAGGACGCCCGCAUCAACUGGAUCGUCAACCCCGUCCACAAGCACCGCGAACUCCGUGGCCUCACCUCCACCGGUAAGCACAACCGUGGUAUCAACAAGGGCCACCGCUACAACAACACCUCUGCCGGUCGCAGAAAGACCUGGAAGAGACAGAACACCCUCUCUCUCUGGCGCUACCGAUAA